AAGCCCUCCCACAUACCCAAUACCAAAGAACCGAUACUUUAGCACACUUCGAACAUGUCGAGCUCGGACCUUCUGAAAGGCGAGUUUGACGGGCUCAACUCGGAGCACUUUAACAUGAUGCAGUACUUAACUCAAGAUACUGACGAAGACGAUGGCUCAAUGGUGUCCCCUACGUCUUCAGCAGAUAGCAUGCAUCAAAAUCUAGGAGUUCAACAGCAACAGCAACAAAUGCUGCAAGCACAGCAACGACAAAACCAAAAUGGCAUUUUUCAGCCCCGUCGAUUCCCUGAAUCUCCAGCAAUGACGGAUCCUUGCGGAAAUGUCUCUUCAUCGUCAUCAUCAUCACAUCAUUCGGACCCAAUGUUCUCCCCAAAUGAAUUUAACGGAUACGCUGGAGCCAAUGAUAACGGAAAUCAAACAAUGAACAAUAUUCAAUCUCAACAACUCAGCCAGCAACAACAUCAGCAGACACGUGGCGGAAAUCUUAUGAUGCCCCAACAAUCAUCGAUUCACGCCCAAAUGCAAAACAUGAAUGCUCCACAAUUCUGGAGCCAACCGGGAACUGCUGCAGUCAAUCAACCUACAAACACCCUGGCUCAACUCAACCUUUUCAACAUUAUUCGUGGAGGAGCCGACAGUGGAAUGCCAAGCCCUGUUUUGGAGAUGCCACGUAAGAGAAGCCGACUUGACACCCCGUGUGAAACGCCAAGAAUCGCUCCAAGCUUUGCUGGUAUUGACGGAUUUCCAGAUGAGAAUUACAGUCAGCAACAGGCAAUCAGAUUCUCAAAGUUUCAAGAAGAACAGUGGAGUCCACUGUAUGACAUCAACGCUCAACCGCUACAACAACUUCAAGUACAUGUUGUUGCUGAUAAGGGAUUCAACUACAACUCAAAUGAUAAUUGCUUUGUGAACCAGAAGAAAAAUCAUUUCCAGAUCUCUGUAAACGUGGAAGCUUCCGAUACAAUGCCACCAAAGUACGUUAACUUCAACAACCGACUCGUUCCAAUUCGUGACUUCAAACUUUCGUUCUGUGGAGUUAAAGCUGAGAUGCCAUCGUCUGAAAUCACAAUUCGCCAAUCUCGAGCCGAUCGUAAACCACAUACACAUACUCCUGUGCUCUUUGAAAUUCAAGAACGAAGAAUGACAAAAGUUUGUGUACCACGUCUCCAUUUCUCUGAGACCACCCUUAACAACCAAAGAAAACAAAAGAAUCGUCCAAACCCGGAGCAAAAAUUCUUCCUUUUGGUUGUCAGGUUAUUUGCAAGCAUUGAUGAAUCUGAGCAUGGAGUUCUUAUUCAAUCAUACGCAUCUGAGAAGGUCAUCGUUAGAGCCACCAAUCCAGGAAGCUUCGAGCCACAAGAUACGGACAUUGGAUGGCAACGAAAUGGAGGAGCCCUGUAUACACAGGGAGCUGUCUCCGUCGGAACUGAACAUCAGGUUGAAAGUGCCAAGCUUACAGUAGCUGGGGACAUUUAUAUGAGUGGCCGAAUAAUCAAUCCAUCCGAUAUUCGACUCAAGGAAGCAAUUACUGAACGGGAAACUGCUGAAGCUAUUGAAAACCUUCUGAAACUCCGUGUUGUCGAUUACCGCUACAAACCAGAAGUCGCAGACAUCUGGGGACUUGAUGAGCAACAAAGACAUCGCACAGGACUGAUUGCACAAGAGCUUCAAGCUGUGCUUCCUGAUGCAGUACGAGAUAUUGGAGAUUAUUUGACAAUUGAUGAGGGACGAGUGUUCUACGAGACUGUAAUGGCAACUCAACAACUCUGCAGAAUGACCGGAGACUUGGACAGUAAGAUCGAUGAAAAAGUUGCCGAGAUUAGCAGACGAUUGAAUGAAUACGCAGUCCGAAAGAAGCUCGCUAGCUCAAUGGCAUCUAACCUCAACGGAGACAACAAGAGUCUCUCAUACUCAAGAUGCUCACUCACAUCAACUGCAACCAAUGCCACGUCACAACCAAAGAGAAGCAGGAAGCAUCGUGCCAUAAAACAGGCACAAUCCUGUGGAAGCCGACUUAGUCAAGGAACAGUUGUCACCUUGGUUUCCAUUAUGGCCGCUUGUCUUCUCGCCAUGUCAGCUCUUUAUGUCCUUGAUUGGCAUAACCGAAACUACGGAUAUCACCAACAUUUCGAAACGAACACACCAUCCACUAAAGGAGAACUCGCCAAUCUUGUCAUAUCACCAGCCAACUUCAUGCCCUCAUUCCAACCCGAUGCCCCUAUACUACUUGAAAAAUGCUUCAAUCCAUCUUGUAAAACAUAUUGUUGUACAGAUACGCCGCCCGUUGUAGAGGACAGUAGAGCCAUCGCUACACAUGGCCUCGACAAUGGCGAUGAAGUAUAUCCAGAGAGUCCAUCCAACAGAACCAAUGGCAUCGCACGUGCUCCAAACCUUGAGCACAUGGCUUUUGAAACUGGAGUUGAGAUUAGAAUCCCUGCACUGAAUGUGACACUUGACCAGCGUUACUGUGUGGAACGCAGUUGUAACAAACGAAAAGGAAUCUUCAAUGUCUUUGUGCCAGUGUCAAGAUAUAUGCCUGAUGUUGCUCUUGAAAUUGAAAUUAAAGCUCCAAUUUCAAAAGUCGUGAGCAACUGCGGAGCGUUCCCUUCAACAGAGUUCAACCACAAAGUUUGUCCGUUGAGCCGAACUCAACAAAGCGAAUCACCGGUACCAACUUCUACAAGACUAUUUGACAAUAUCUUCGAGUUAUCUAUGGGUUCCUUCAUCCAAUCAGCCUACCGGUUCCGAGUCGGCUACUCCACUGAAACCUGCUUCAGCGAGGAUUCAAAUGGAUCCUACGAGGAGUACAAUCUGAUCUUUUAUCGCAUGUGCACCCUAUCAUCUUCAUAAGCUAAUGCUUCAUAUAUCAUUUUUGUUUGCGCCAGUGGGCCGUUGCAAUUCUUUCAAACCUUCUUCCAAAAAAUCCCUCGCCCAGAAAUGUCUUUUCUCUUUUUCUCUGACUCUCUGUCUCUCUGUCUGACACUCAUUGAAAAUUGUUUUAUUAUAAUAUUAUUUCUUUACUUCUUCUCAUUCAAAUCUCAUCCACACCGUUCAGCAUUUUAUAUGAAACCACUUGUGUCCAACCAACAUGUAUCCCCCCGGUUACAAUCGUGUAUACUCUAAAAACCCCGUCGCCAACUUUUCAAAUUUUCAGCCCAGUUUUCUUCAUCCCCCAACUGUAUUUAUUUUCAAAUCUAUACCUCAUCUCCUCUCAUUUAUUCCCCCUUCUCUUGUCUCAUGGAUUCCAAACAGGCUCUCCCGAAUUGAUCAGCCAAUAUGUAAAAAUGUUGAGUAACCAGGACUUCUUCACUCAGAUACAACCAAUCUAUGUCGACGAAACACUUUUCUUGAAAUUUAUGUACUUUUUAAUGGAUUUUUUUUUCAAAAAUUCAAACAACAACACACACAAAGACCUCUAUGAAAAACUCUCCCUGAAUGAUAUCGAUAGGUACAUUUUUUCAUUUUUUUCCCAAAUACUUUAUUCUUUUUUCUAAAACUGCAAAAAAAAUCACGAAAAAAUAUUUAUUUCUUCAUUUGUUGAUCAGAAUCUUUUUUAACCUAUUCACUUUAAUCUUUUUAUGCCCCCGUCCCCGUACUCUGAAAUGUCGUUUCUUGUCCUUUCAUUUCACUAAUGAAUAAAAUAAUUUCAAUUUU